AUGCAUCUCGCAGCCUUUCUCUCCUCCGUCCUUCUUGCUGCCUCUGUGGCAGCAAAGACGGUCUUUUCUGAACUGGCCGUAGACGGUGUAGCUGAAGGCCAUGCCAUUGGCAUCCGUGUUCCUUCUAGUAACGCUGCCAUUACCGAUAUUACCUCGGACAAUAUUAUUUGCAACACCAACUUCAUUACCCCAGUUUCGACGGUGGUCAUCCCUGUCAAUGCCGACAGUCAGGUUACCGCUCAGUUCCACAAAACGUCGGCCGGGUAUCUCGGGGCUGAUCCUGCUGACCCUCUCGACCCCACUAACAAAGGCCCCGUCCUUGCCUAUCUCGCGGCCGUCCCUUCCGCGACUCAGCCCACUGUGACAGGACUGAAGUGGUUUAAGAUCUGGCAAGAUGGAUAUGACAGCACUACUCACCAGUGGGGCUCCGACCACCUUUUCAUCAACGGUGGCAAUGCGACUUUUACCAUCCCGUCGUGCACCGCAUCUGGUCAGUAUUUGCUCCGAGUUGAAUCGAUUGCCCUCCACCAAGCGACCUCCUACCCUGGAGCCCAAUUCUAUAUGAGCUGUGCUCAGCUUGCGAUCACUGGGUCUUCUUCGCCCGCGACUGCUGCUACUGUUUCAUUUCCCGGAGCCUACCGUUCUACCGAUCCUGGCAUCGUCACCUCGAUCUUUGGCCUCUCCAGCUACACCCCACCAGGCCCAACUGUAUUCACUUGUUGA